GUAUGAAAACUCAAUGGGGUCAUCCAAAAAUGUAAUAAGUGAGCCUGUUGAUGCAGAGGAAGGCUAUAACAUGAUGGCUUCUUUCCAACGCUCCAACAGCCAUGACAAAGUGAGGAAAAUAGUGGCAGAGGAGGGACGGACAGCAAGGAACCUGAUAGCCUGGAGUGUGCCCCUGGAAAACAAGGAGGAUGAUGGAAAAUCGAAAUGGCAAUCUGGGGGAAAAACAAAAAGGGUGACUCAAGGAACACACAAGACUGCAAAACAGAACAGUACCUUGGACUGUAAAUUAGCAGCAGCAGCAGGAGCUGGAGACAAAAGCUUUGACAAAAGCCCGACAAAGGCCAGGCAGCCUCGCAAGGUGGAUCUGCGGGCUCGCUACUGGGCCUUCCUGUUCGACAACCUGCGGCGCGCCGUCGAUGAGAUCUACGUCACCUGCGAGUCAGACCAGAGCGUGGUGGAGUGCAAGGAAGUCCUGAUGAUGCUUGAUAACUAUGUAAGGGACUUCAAAGCAUUGAUUGAUUGGAUACAGCUACAGGAGAAGCUAGAAAAAGCUGAUGCUCAAAGCAGACCAACUUCACUGGCUUGGGAAGUAAAGAAAAUGUCUCCAGGACGGCACGUGAUCCCAAGCCCCUCCACAGACAGGAUUAGUGUGACAUCAAACGCUCGAAGGAGUUUAAAUUUUGGGAACCCUGCAGUGACCAUUUCUGCAACACGCCUGGCUCCCUCGGGUGUCAGCUGGGCCGAUAAGGUAAAAGCCAACCAUGGAACCAAAGCUGCCAAUCCUGAGCUGGCCACAGCACAAGCCUGCCUGGCACCCCCUGCACAGAAGGCACUGCGGAAAAAUGAUCGGAAGGACGCCGAGGGCUGGGAGACGGUUCAGCGUGGGAGGCCCGUUCGCUCUCGCUCCACUGCUUUGGCAGCAAAGGCUCCUGCAGCUGCAGAAUCACUGAAGUCCAGAGGUGACAGUGACAAGGAAAAUGUCCUUUCACCACCAGCAGAAAACAAGCAUGGGAGCUCAGUCACCGGCAGCGCUGCGUCUGAAAGCACAGAGCUGGUGCAGAAGGAUCCUUUGCAUCACUCUGAGGGUCCCCUUACUGAGAAGGCUCAGUUCCCAGCCUCGGAAGCCAAUGGGAGCCCUGGCACAGCAUUGCAGGGGGAUUCCUUAGAACCAGCUCCUGAGAUGCCUCCAGUUCUCAGCAGCACUGACUGCAGUUCAGAAACUCUGCAGAUGAAUGAGGCUUCCCCCCAGAGCACUGGCUGUGCAGACUUGCAUCAAACAGAAAAAGCUAAAUCUGAAACUGAAAUGGAUCCUGCAGAUAUUUCAAAUUCCAUGGCAGAAGUCCUGGCUAAGAAAGAGGAGUUGGCAGAUCGGCUGGAGAAGGCCAAUGAAGAAGCCAUUGCCAGUGCUAUUGCAGAGGAGGAGCAGUUAACCAGGGAGAUUGAGGCAGAGGAGAACAAUGACAUUAACAUCGAGACUGACAAUGACAGUGACUUCUCUGCUAAUAUGGGCAAUGGAAGCAUAUCCUUCUGUGGUUUGUCUAUGGACUGGAAUGAUGUUCUGGCAGAUUAUGAAGCUCGUGAGUCGUGGCGCCAGAGCAACUCGUGGGGAGACCGAGUGGAGGAGGAGCCCGCGCGCCCGCCCGGGCACGGCAUCCACAUGCACGAGAAACUCUCCUCGCCCUCACGCAAGAGGACAAUAGCAGAAUCCAAAAAGAAGCAUGAGGAGAAACAAAUGAAAGCUCAACAGCUGAGAGAAAAGUUACGUGAAGAAAAGACACUGAAGCUUCAGAAAUUAAUGGAGAGGGAGAAAGAUGUGAGGAAAUGGAAAGAAGAAUUGUUAGAUCAAAGGCGCAGGAUGAUGGAGGAGAAGUUACUCCAUGCAGAAUUCAAACGUGAAGUGCAGCUACAAGCAAUUGUGAAAAAAGCACAAGAGGAAGAAGCUAAGGUCAAUGAAAUUGCUUUUAUAAACACCCUGGAGGCUCAGAACAAGCGGCACGACGUGCUGAACAAGCUGAAGGAGUACGAGCAGCGCCUGAACGAGCUGCAGGAGGAGCGGCAGCGCAGGCAGGAGGAGAAGCAGGCGCGGGACGAGGCAGUGCAGGAGCGCAAGAGAGCCCUGGAAGCGGAGCGGCAGGCCCGGGUGGAGGAGCUGCUGAUGAAGAGGAAGGAGCAGGAGGCACGGAUUGAACAGCAGAGGCAGGAGAAGGAAAAGGCACGAGAGGAUGCAGCCCGGGAGAGAGCCAGAGAUCGAGAAGAGAGGUUGGCAGCUCUUACUGCAGCUCAGCAAGAAGCCAUGGAAGAACUGCAGAAGAAGAUUCAACUGAAGCAUGAUGAAAGUAUUAGAAGGCACAUGGAACAAAUUGAGCAGAGAAAAGAGAAAGCAGCUGAACUCAGUAGUGGAAGGCAUGCUAAUACUGACUAUGCACCAAAGCUCACCCCCUAUGAGCGAAAGAAGCAGUGCUCGUUGUGCAAUGUCAUGAUUUCAUCAGAAGUGUAUCUUUUCAGCCACAUUAAAGGGAAAAAGCACCAACAAGCUGUGAGAGAAAACAGUAGCAUACAAGGACGAGAGCUUUCAGAUGAAGAAGUGGAGCACCUGUCAUUAAAAAAGUACAUUGUGGACAUUGUGAUUGAGAGUUCUGUUCCUGUGGAACCAUUAAAAGAUGGAGAAGAGAAACAGAAAAUUAAAAAGAAAGCCAAAAAGCUGAAGGCACGGAUGAACUCCAGGGCAAAGGAAUAUGAGAGCUUGAUGGAAGCAAAAAAUGCUGUGUCUGACUCACCAUUUAAAGCCAAGUUACAAAGAUUAGCAAAAGACCUUCUGAAGCACCUCCAAAUGCAGGAUGGCUGUUCCUUGGGGAACCACAAAGUUCCUGGUCUGGACAGGACUUUAGGAGAGAUCUCUCGGAUUCUGGAGAAAGAGAACACAGCAGAUAAAAUUGCAUUCCGGGCUGCAGGAGGACUGACUGCUCUGGAAAAUGUUCUUCAGAUGGUGACUUCUCCCACCAACCUGAAUGCAGCUGCCAGGGUUCCCUUUAAGUCACUGUGCAGUACAGUAAAUGUUUACAGCCUCACCUGCAGCAACUGCAUAGAAAACUGCACCUAUGUUCUCUUUAGUAAUAAGAUCACUUUUCUGAUGGACCUGUUGAUACACCAGUUUACGGUUAGUGUUCCAGAUGACCAUAAUGCUACUGCAGGCAGAAGUGUAAAUAAGCAGGUAUUUGAAGGUUUAACAACAGGACUUCUGAGGGUAGCUGCUGUGAUUUUCAGAUGUCUCAUCUCCAGCUUCCCAGAUGGAAACAGCCACUCUACUGCCCUGAAGAUAUUACAGGAAGUGAAAAGUAAAUCCUCACAAGUGGAAGCCUUCAGCAGCAGAGUCCAAGACCUAAUCAGUUACGUGGUGAACAUGGGACUGGUGGACAAGCUGUGCUGCUGUUUCCUGUCUGUGCAAGGCCCUGUGGAUGAGAACCCCAAUGUAGCAAGUUUCCUGCAGAGUGCCACAGCAGUGCUGCAUGGCAUGUGCCAGCUGUGCUGGGCUCUCAGUGGAAGGUGGGUGCACUCUAAUGGCAUGUGCCAGCUGUGCCGGGCUCUCAGUGGAAGGUGGGUGCACUAUAAUGGGAUGUGCCAGCUGUGCCUGGCUCUCAGUGGAAGGUGGGUGCACUAUAAUGGGAUGUGCCAGCUGUGCUGGGCUCUCAGUGGAAGGUGGGUGCAGUGCCAAUGGGAUGUGCCAGCUGUGCUGGGCUCUCAGUGGAAGGUGGGUGCAGUGCCAAUGGGAUGUGCCAGCUGUGCUGGGCUCUCAGUGGAAGGUGGGUGCCAUGGUGCUCAGGCAGGGGCCUCCUGCUGAGGCUGCCAGCCAGAA